GGGCUUCUGUUUGAAUGGCGUGGAGGGAAGCAGGCAGGCGUGGAAGGACGUCUCUGCCAUCUCCUCUAGGUGCUGAAGGGAAAAGAGCCGCCAUGUGGCCAGCUCAGGCUGGGGUGUCCUUUGAGGAGGUGGCCGUGUAUUUCACCCCGGGGGAGUGGACCCUGCUGCGCCCAGCCCAGAGAGCUCUCUACAAGGAAGUCAUGCUGGAGAAUUAUGGGAACGUGGCCUCCCUGGGACCUCUGAUUGCGAAACCUGUCCUUAUCUCCAGGCUGGAAGAAGAGGAAGGGCUGUUUCUCCUGGGCUGCGAUGAAGAGGAGAGAUUGGCAGAGUUUCUUUUCUGCAACAACUCUCCCACCCUCUGA